CUGCUGCAUUUGGAUUUGGCGUUGAAUACAAUUCAUUUUUAACUAAAAAUUUAAUUAAGUAGUUAAGGAAACAAAUUGAUUGAAAGGAGGCCGUCAGCUGUGCAUGUUAUUUCCAGUGGGAUGGUUUACAAUGUCAGGACUGUAAUUAAUUGGAGUAGCGUCGUGUGGUUACUGAAAACACAAAAUAAGUAGGUUUCAUCUAGUGCCACCAUGUACAGUUCGGAAAAGAUCAAACGUCCAUUAAACUCGUUAAGCCUAACCAACUACUUGCUCAUUCAAGUACGGCAUGCACUUCCGUAACGUUGCGUUUCUGGUUAACACUUCCUGUAAACUUCUAGUCUUCAAAGAUACAGCAGUAUCCUUCUAAAUCAACUUUAUUUUUAAAUUGAGGGAAUUGGGUAUUCACCUUAACGUACUCACUAACAAGAGUGACUACAGUGGUGCCUCACCCAACAAAUCUGAUUCAGUUCCCAAUCCUUGUGCGCUUUCUACUUGAUGUGUAAACCCAGUUGAUUGUACGUAUUCUUGCGCACACGUGUAGAUUUUCAAUGCGACUGCGGUUCUGUACUUGUGGAAAGAGAAGAUCGUAGAUUGCAGACUUGGGAUCCUGAAUGCCUGACGAAGGUCUCACUGUUUACCCUUACGUCCUGACGCGUUGGACCAGACAGCACCUCAAUUGCGCAAGGUGUAAUCCCAACAAGUGCAUGGCUACGCACGGGACGAGUGCUGGACGUAUGUCAGAUAUGAGAGUAUAAGAGUAACACAUCUACAUUUGAUUUUUGGGAAGAGCAGUGACCUUCGCUCAUACAAGAAGCGACUUCAGCCGAAGCCCUGACGGCUACACAGUGCGUCGCUUCUACUUCUGUCUGGGGUCCGUCUUUUGCUUUGCUGUUAUAGUUCAUCACGCUAUUGAUUUUAUCCUCCGGGGGCCCAAGUUCAUUUGUUCCGUGCAUGCCGGCGUCUCUUGCAAGCUUUUCGUCCUGGUGCCCCUCCUCAGCGAUACAAAAGGAGCUUCCUUGUGAGUUACUUCACAUGUGCAAGCCGGUGCUCAGCAUCCAAAUGUUGCAGACAAAGGUGACCAAAAGUAUUUAGAAGUUCUUUGAGCCGCUUUCUCAGUUAGCUCGUGGAGUGGUAGUCCGCAAGUACUUGAAACACCAAGCUUACUUUUAAGCGAGCUUUCUCUACAUUUUUGAAGUUCCUUUGAGAUCUCUGUAAAACAGGCUUUCUUAAAAAGCAUCGCCUUAUUCUGAAACACGAUGCAUUGAACUUGAAGAAUCAUAUUUGUGUGGCAAAAAUUAGAGAGCCAGGAAGGAAUCUGCGGUAUUGAGUUCGAUUUGGGAGAGUUCUUUGGAAACAAGAGUGGAAUGACAAUACUGUCUGCAGUUUGACAUGACGGCUCCUCCAUCUUAAAUCCUAAAUCUCUGGACGGACUCGUUCAAUACAGGGACCUCGGCAGUGGUUGGACGGUCAAUGUUGCUUUCGCAUGAACUAGUUUAGGCCUUUUUAUGAUCUUGCAACAAAUGUACUGGAAGAAGAUUCAGGUACCAUAAAGUGUGAUAAUGAAGAUAGGAAACAGCAAUGGAAAGCAGUCACCUGGAUACUCUGGCGAUAACUUAUCUGGUAUGGGAUAUAGCAGAGUGAACGUCGUAGUAGGCAUUGCCUGUGCAUCUUCCUUUGUAUAUGUUCUUUCUCUCUUCGUCAUGAGUGUGCGUCCUUGUCUACCGUCUCCGUGCGCUUCUUUCACUUUGGCAGCUGAAAACAUUACAAUUUCUGAAUCAGCAGACAUCGGUAAUUCGUUAAAGGGUGUUUCUCUGAUCCCACAUCAUCCUCUAGACUUGAAAUCAGGACAUUCUCUUCCAGUUGGAGAAGGUAACAGUGACGCCAUUCGAGGCACUCAGCUGUCGAGGAUAGUAUUCGGCAUAGCAGCAGCAACUGACAUGUGGUGGGGUAGAAAAGAGUACCUAAAAUUGUGGUGGAAACCAUCAAAGAUGAGAGGUUAUGUGUUCCUGGACAAGAAGCCUUAUGGUAAUUAUUGGACUUCGGAGUUUCCUCCCUACAAAAUUUCAGAGAACACCAGCAGGUUCAGGUACACAUACAAAAGAGGAUGGAGGUCUGCCAUUCGGAUCUCACGCAUAGUGUCGGAGAUGUACAGGCUUGGUUUGCCGAACGUGGAUUGGUUUGUGAUGGGGGACGAUGACACUCUGUUCGUUGCUGACAACCUGGUACAAGUACUAUCGAAGUACGACCACACCAAGAUGUAUUACGUCGGAAGCAACUCUGAGAGUCAUCUCCAAAAUAUCUUGUUCUCAUAUGACAUGGCCUUCGGUGGAGGAGGAUUUGCCAUUAGUUAUCCGCUUGCCAAAGCAUUGGCCAAAAUGCAGGAUGAUUGUCUUUCAAGAUACUCCUACCUGUUUGGAAGCGACGAUCGGAUGCAUGCGUGCAUGGCAGAGCUUGGUAUUCCUCUUACAAAAGAGCCAGGAUUUCACCAGCUUGACAUCGUAGGAGACAUUUCUGGUCUUCUAGCCGCACAUCCUGUUGCACCCCUUGUGACUCUCCAUCAUCUUGAGAAGCUUCGCCCCAUCUUUCCCAACACGGCUACCAAGAAUUUCACGCGAGUGCGCGCAUUAAGUCACUUACUCAAGGCUGCCGAGAUUGAAGCAGCAAGUGUUGCCCAACAAUCAAUCUGCUACGACAGUCGUCGCAAAUGGUCCUUUUCUGUGUCGUGGGGCUACGUUGUCCAGGUUCUCAAGGGUUUCAUCACUCCUCGCGAACUUGAAGUUGCUCAGAGAACAUUUCUGUCAUGGCACAGAGAGAGUAGCAAAGUGGAAUUUCCGUUCAAUACCCGAGCAAAUCCUGAUGAUAUUUGCAAGCAACCAACUCGAUUUUUUAUGGAUUCCGUGAAGGGUCCCGCUCAUGAUUCUCAAGACUUAAUGGAGGCUGUGUUUGUGCGGGAAUUCAACGGGCAGAUGGACUGCGCUGAACAAUUACAGCCACUUAGCGCUGUAAAAAGAAUUCGGGUGAUGAGGAAAAAGACUCAUGAAUUGUGGUAUCAGACGCCAAGGAGGUCAUGCUGCAGGAUCAGGAAAUGGAAGAAUGAGAACAUCGACAUUCAUGUCGGUGAAUGUGAGGAGGGGGAGAGUCUUGUAAGCAGCUUCUAAUUGAACAUCAACAAUUAAUUGGACUAUUGGGAUUAAUGGCGGUCCAAAUGCUACGGCCAACAUGGCUUGGGAAUGCUAUUGCAAAAUACUAUCGUCAUUAUCCUAAUCCCUCUCAUCAGCGUUCCUUCUAAAACGCCAGCCAGUGUGGCAGUUCACAAGUGAUAAUGUACAGAAUAGUAACCUCUUCGGACUGUUUACUCUUGGUACGGCUGUUGCAGAUGGGGCAGUUUUGACAAUCGGCACUCUACGGUUUUUGAAAUAGAUUUCGUUUUAAAAAUUAGGAUAGUGACGCAGUAUAGGUUGUUGAAAUUCUGAACUGUAAGAUACUGUAUAUCUGCUUUGGUGCAAAUGCUCCACUAGUAAAUAUAUGAACCCUUCGGCGGUAAACCGGUUUUCCAAAAUAUUUUGGAAUUGUAAUUCCUAAACCCUAAACUAAAAUAUUUUGAAAUUUUUUCAA